AUGAUGGCAAUAAAUUUUAAGAUUAUAAGAAAUAAAAUAGUGUAUUCUCCUAUUAUUGGUUAUUUUAAGUUGGAAAUGGACAAAAAUUUUAAUUUCACAGAAAAAAAUCUUAAAGAUUUACAACAAACAUUUCAAGAUCCUAAUAUUUUAUCAACUCUUUUAGAAUACUAUGAUGUAGUUGAAAAAUUAAAUGAAUCUGAACAAAACAGUACAAAAACCACCAAAGUUAUAACAACACCAACAGAUACAAAUAAAAAUACGAAUAACGAAACUCAACCACAACCACAACCACCACCACAACCAAAAGAAAAAGAAAAAGAAAAAGAAAAAGAAAGUGUAAAUAAAAUUAAAACUAAAAAAGUUAAAAGUAUAAGUGGAUUUUGUUUUAAAACACAUAGUGAUAAGAAUGAUAGAGUUUAUGUUAUGUGUUCACAUUAUCCAACGAUUGGUAUGGCAUCAAUGACAGAGGAUAAAGGAUGGAUAAUACCUUAUAGUUUAUUUGAAGUUGAAAAGCAGCAACAUACAUUCACAAGUCCAUUCUAUAAAGUUUAUCAUAUUAUAUUUGGUACUGAUACUUACAAUGAAUCGACUAAACAAGUUUCAUUAAAUAGAUUACUAAUUCAAACUUCAAUGCAAGCAAUUUAUCAAAAGUAUAAAGAAUCAUUAAACAUUGCUGCAAUUAAAAUAUCAAAAAAACAAUUUCCAAAAGAAUUUCAUGUUACAAUUGUAGAUGAACCAAUUGAAAAUAGUAAUAUUAAAUAUCAAGAACCACCACCAAAUGAACAAUUAUUAGAAGAUGGUUCAGGUUACUAUAGACCAGUUUUCACAAUUCAAAAUAUUGGUAUUGAUAAUAAAAUUUUAGAAAAUCCAAUUAUAAUUCCAAAAUUUAUUGAAUUUAAUAUUAAUUUAAAAAGAUUAGAUAAUAUAAAUGAAUUAAUUUUAGAAAUUGAAGAUAAUGAAAAAUUAAUAGUUAGAGAAGAUAAUGUUAAAUAUAAUUUGGAAGUACUUUUAAAACAUCAUGUUGAAGAUGAACCAAUUGCAAAAUUUAAUAAAGUUAAAAAAAAUUUAAAUUUAAAAUUAAAGGUAAUAGAUGAUGAUAAUCAUAGUCAUCAUCACCAUGAUCAUAAUAAUAAUAAUAAUAAUAAUAAUAAUAAUAAUAAUAAUAAUAAUAAUAAUAAUAAUAAUAAUAAUAAUCAAAAUGAAAAUAAUAAAGAUUCAUCAUCAUCAAUUAUAAAAGAAUUAGAUAAACUUGGAUUUGGAUCAUCAUCAAUUACAGAACCAAGAAAUGAUUUACCAUCAUUAACAUUUAUACCUCAAACUAUUAAAUAUCAUACAAAUUCAUCCUCAAUACCUCAAUAUAUAAUUAAACAAAAUAAUGAUUCAAUUAAUUUCAUAAUUUAUGAAAAUCAAAAUAAUAUAAAAAAAGAUUCAAUUUUAUUAAAAAAUAAUUCAAUAACUUAUAUAAUUAAUAAUGAAGAAAUCAAAAAAAUCACAAUACCAAUUACAAAUGAAAUUUCAUAUGAAAAUUAUGGAAUAUUAAUUUCGGAAAAUAGUUUCAUUGUCGAAUUAAAAAAAAAUCAUUCCGGUGUUUGGUACAAGUUUAUUUGA